AUGAGCGAGAUGCUGUUGCGGCCGAGCAAGAAAGCAGCACUCGACAGGCAAGAUCAUGGUAUUCGUUUUACUAGCAGCCAGAUAAACGUCACAUACCAAUGGGAGGGAAAACGAACAAUACGCAAUAAAUAUAAGGACGGCGUUUGUACAUCGAAACAGAUGCUGGGCACAGAACGGAGAAGCCCGGGAAAGAAGGACUUGCUGCAGUUCUGGAUGCAUUGA